AGUGACAACGGGCUAGUGGACACAGAUCCAGGUCGAAUUAGCAGUAUGACAGCCAUCAACUCGGGUCCGGUCGGGGAAGUGGGCGGCGUCAGGCUGCCGUUGCAAUCAUUACAUGGGUACGGAUCUGUGUUCAUGUACUCGGCGUCGACGAGUCCGGGGGGUGGAGGUGGUCAGGGUGGCGGAGGCGGAGGUGAAGUCACCCUCCGCCUCCGCGAACCCGAGGACAUUCCCGAAGAAGUUCUUGCACGCCUGGAAGACACCGCCACCCUCUCCAUCUCCCUUCAAAGCGAUGCCGUUUUGAGGCUAGGAUCUGCUGGCACAGGCAGCGGGAACUUGGAGUUGUUCGAUAGUGAGAGCGGGCCGGACCUCACACUAUCACCUCAGACCUUUACGUCGACGGCAGAGGCCUUCAUCAAUGACAAUAGCGAUAGUCUUGGUGUUCCAGGAGACAACGAUACGGGUAGCAGCGAGGAAUCGAGACCUGGCGGCGGGGAUCCUGGUAAGUUGGGGGUGAAGAAACCGAGGCCGAAGGCUUCGUCGCCCAACCGACAGGGGCCACAGCAAUGCCAGGUCUGCGGGAAGGUGUUCAACAACGCAUCGGCGCUCACCAAGCACAAGCUGACGCACAGCGACGAGAGGAAAUACGUGUGCUCAAUGUGCCACAAGGCGUUCAAGCGGCAGGACCACUUGAACGGGCACAUGCUGACCCACCGGAACAAGAAGCCGUACGAGUGUAAAGCGGAAGGAUGUGGCAAGUCGUACUGCGACGCGAGGAGCCUGAGGAGGCACACGGAAAAUCAUCACGCCGGUAGCAAGGUGAUCGAGAGCGUAAGUCCUAGCAGCCCGACGACCGGCCCUCACACUCCGAACACGCCAGGAAGCAAUCCUAGCACACCUAGCACGCCAGGUGCAACAUCGACGUCGAACGGCCACGGACAUCCGGCCCUGAAGCAACUUCUUGCCACAGAACCCACGCAGACGCAACAACAAAAGAGUGCCACGUCGCCCGGCGCCAGCAACGAUGGCCUCACGAAACAACAACUGGAGCUCAUCCAGCAGAUCAUGCAGCAGACUCAACAACAACAACAGCAGCAGCAACAACAAACAUCCGCGCAGCAGCAACAGCAACAGCAACGCACCACCACGUCGGCAACAGUCUCGACACAAAUUCAAAAACCGCAGAAACCGUCCGUCAAGCCAACAAUAUCGUCCAGCAGCGUCUCCAGCAAUUCUGGGAGCACGAGUGCGACCAACACCGCCAGAUCCAGCCCGAAACCAAAAGUCUGGAGUCACGUUCAAGCCUGGUAUAAUCAUCAUCAGCAGCAUCAUCAGCCGCCGUCGUUGCCGCAGCAGGAGCAGCAGCACCAGGAACAGCAGCAGCAGCAGCAGCAGGAGCAGCAUCUUUCCCAACAUCGUGCGCAUCUGGAGCAACACUAUCAGCAGCAAUAUCAGGCGCAGCACGACCAACAGUACAAUCAGCAUCCCCAUCAGCAUCAUGCGUAUUAUCUGUACCCGCAACAGUAUCCGCCGGAUUAUCUGUAUCGGUUCUCACUGCAGCAACAACAGCAGCAGGCACAGCAACAGGCGCAACAGCAGCAGCAGCAACAGUCUCAGCAACAGCAUCAGCAACAACACACGCAAGCCAACUCACCUGGGAGCGGGACUGUUGGGAAGAGCAGUCCAUCGCCGGGGAACACAGCAUCUCCUGCCACUGUCACCGCCAACAACAAGCAGCAGCCCGAUGCGAAACCGGUCGAGUGCAAUCUCUGCCAUCGAAAGUUCAAGAACAUACCGGCGUUGAACGGUCACAUGCGACUCCAUGGCGGUUACUUCAAAAAGGAUGCAGAGAACAAGAAGAGUGAGAAGAAGGAGGUUGUCGGGCCGCCAUUACAGACCGCAUCUGUCAGCGUGAGGGCGCUCAUCGAGGAGAAAAUAAUACAAAAGAGAACGACUGCAGCGGACACCAGCACGAAUCAACAGCCACGCACAACCACGACCGUUUUCACAACGCAAACUGACGGCGCGUCUCAAGUCGCCGGUAAAACGAGCUUCGCGGUCCCAGCGCCGCCGCCAUUGGCGUCAGCGGAGAAGGCCCGCAGACUUUCCGAUGGCGAACACUUCCGGCAGCCUAACAUCACAGUCGGAGGUCAUGCAACCGUGCAGAAACAACUGCAAGAAGCGCAAACGCAGGCACAGGCGCAGGCGCUGGCCGAUAUGAUCUUGAAGGGCACUACCAAAAUGGCUGCGAAGAGAACAACUUCCGAUCCCGGGCAGAGAUUACACUUGACGUACCAAACAUCGGUGCAGCCGACGACAAACCAACAGCAGCAGCAACAGCAGCAACAGCAACAGCAGCAGCAGCAGCAGCAGCAGCAACAACAACAACAACAACAACAACAACAACAACAGAACAACCCGCCCCAGUCCCAGCCAACUGUCACAGACAGCUUCUCCAUGACAGGUUACUCCGAAGAUGGCGGUUACUUCAGCCCUAGUCUUCAAGAUGAAGUGUUCCAGCAGGUCACCGCGGUUCCUGACAGUGUCCUGCUUCAUGCUACCCAAUUGGACUCGCUUCAGUUUCAGACGGCAAGCCUGCUCCAGGAACAGCCAACGGAGCAGCUGCAGGAUAUCGCGUUGGAGGAUCGAUACCCCGCGCAGCACACUGUCAAUCCAGACCUGCAGGCUCUAGUGAACUCCCCAUUGCCCGACUCAUUAGCCGAAUUCAGUACAUACGGUGCCCAAUACACAGAGAGCCCGCAUACGCUGCCGACGCAGUCCCCAUUGCCGUCGCCGUUAACCAGACACGACAGUCCCAGCUUUACAUAUCCAACGCCACCGGCUAGCCAGGAGGGUCUUCUGACCGGCAGCUUGCCCCUGCUGAGCCCGCAAGAGGACCCGGAGAGCGUCAGACAAGUCUCGUCGCCGCUGUCCGCAGCAUUUUAUACGUCGACCAUGUCCUCCGCAGCGGCAGUGGAGGAGGCGCUAAGCGAAGUGUUGCCAGGCGAAUCGGACGCGGACGCGGACCUGUACGGGUCCGGAUCCCCAAACCCUCACUCGCCACUGCCAAGCCCUUUGUCUGCGACCCCGGCGCCGUCGCCGUUGUCCUCCCUGCCGCCGUCCUCGGUGUCCUCGCCGGGACCCGUCUCGUACACCAGCACGAGUUUCCCGGUGUCGCCUCAUCACGCUCUGCAGAACCAGAUGAUGCCGAACUCGGAGGACCCGUUGCUCUCGUCGACCCCGAAGGACUUCACCACGGCCAGCCGCAGGCGGUUCGAGUUCCAGUCGUACAAGUUCAUCACCAGCCAGAACCUGGUCGACUUCGGCCUAGGGAACGGCAGCCUGGCCGGCAUCGUGGUCGACAACAACGGCGAGUUCAAGCUGAUCCAGACGGCGGGCCUGCAGAAGACGAACGUGCUGGUGCAGACCGGCUCCCUCAGCCCUGCUCUGGCCUUCAAGAAGGAGGUGCGCCUGGCGACGCCCAAGGUGGAGCCCGUCACCGUUAACAUCGGCCUAAACGUGCAGACCAACCAUCAGUACAACGUCGGACAGUUCAACCAGCAGCAGGUCGUCAACCCGAGCAAGUUCCUCAUCCAGACCAACACGGCCAAGAACAGCAACAUGCGGCAGAAGACGCUCAGCGGUAGCCUGCCGGUACCGAUCGAGCAGAUCAAGGAGGAGCUGCUGGACGACGACCUCUUCUUGAAUCCGAGCAGCAUACCGACCGGAAGUCCCGUCAGACACUGUAGGAAAAGGCCGCGCAUGGACGGCGGCCUCUACACCAGCUCCUCGCACUCUUACCCCUCGAGGCUCAGGAAGGCCUGCGACAGACACUGGGACAGCAGCUACACACCGCCACCGAUCUUGGACCCCUCCCGGCCUGGGCCAGGCCUCUAUGCCAGGCUACAUCAGUUCGAGAGAGACUCCGACUUCAGCUCGGACGACUCCCAAGGCAACGAUGGACCUCCGCCGAGGAUCAACAUCGGGACUAGGUAUCAGGCUACGAUACCACCUAUAGGCAGCGACGGUGAUAGAGGAAAGGGCGAACCCGAGGCUGAUCAUCUGCUUUGGGACCCUGGUAUUAACAACGUGCUGACCGACAGCGAACUCGAGAUGUAUCUGCAAUUUGCGUGCUGCGCCGCGGUGCCAGGUGGAGGAAGAAAUAAAGAGUACGCGCUUCAUCUGCUGCACAUGUGCAGAGGAAACAUCCAUGAAGCGAUGCUGAAGCUGAUGAGACCAACACCAAUAUUGCCGACAGGACAUCCGCUUCUGAAUUACGAGUGCCAGGAAUCCGAUCGAUGGACAACGCAGGAGAUGGACGCGUUCUAUCAAAGCCUCCUGAAGUAUAAUAAGGACUUCUCGGCGAUCUCGCGGGACGUGGGUGGCAAGUCCGCGAAACAGUGCGUGCAAUUCUAUUAUCUAUGGAAGAGACUCUGCCCGGACGAGUAUAAGAGACUACGUGUCCGCCAUGGAAAACCAAAGAUUAAGACAGAGAACAGAGAUUGCAAGGACACGAGGGAACUUCGCGAUGCCAUAGCAUCGGUCACGGAGAUGGACUUCAGUGAUGACAAGUCGAUCCUCCAUCGUACUCUGUUGCAGACAAACGAGAGAGAAAAUUCUGCUACUUUGACAACCAGCGAUGGAGAGCUGAGAUUAUUCGCGUAUGACUGUCCUGAUAGCUUUAGCGGAAGUGUAACAGUAACGAUGGCCGGCAGCACCCAAACCGCCCAAACCGGCAAUACCGGCCACGCCACAGUCAACACCAACUCACAAACUCACACUAGUUCUGAGCAACAACUACCCGUGCCCACCCCACUUCACUACCCCUGCAAGAUUUGCGGGAAAGUUUUCAACAAAGUGAAAAGCAGAAGCGCGCACAUGAAAUCUCACAGGCCGGUGCCAUCGCCCGAUACAACGGGUCAGGACUCUAAGCGGCCAGCGCAGCAGCAGCAACAACAGCAGCAGGCUAGAUCGCAGCAGUCUCAACAUCAGCAGUCCAGCCA